UCUAUGAAGAAGAAAGUGCAAACGUAACAACCGCGAAAACGUGCUAUAGGGAAAAUAAACUGUCCGUGACACUGAGAAAAACAGAGAAACAGUAAAUGUCCAUUAGCGCCUCGUCAUGGCUUCUUCACUGAGUAAACCGUGGCUGUUUAAAUAGCAGUGACAGCGGAGUUCUCUCUAAAGCACUGUUAAGGGUUGAAGACUCCUCAGUCCAACCAUGACCCCAAAAAAGGUUCCUGUUGCGGUACUCAAAGAUGUUGUGGCGUAUGUGGACGUGUGGUCCGCCAGUAAGACGGAAAAUUACUCCGAUCCCUUUAUUCAACAACUUCGGGAUAUGGGAGCUCAAGUGUGCAAAACCUUCAACAAACAAGUCACCCAUGUAGUGUUUAAACAUGGCCAUCAGGCUACAUGGAAUAAAGCCAAGAAAAUGGGUGUGAAAAUGGUGUCUGUCCACUGGGUGGCCAGGUGCAAAGAAAACGGUGAACAUGCUGACGAAGACCUUUACCCCGCUCACAAUGAGGAGUCGCAGCUUAAUCACUUGAAAAAGAGAACACACCGAUGCAUGCAACCCAGGGACGUUCCUCCAAGCACCCCGAAGCGCUUAAAGAAAAAGCUGGAAAAAAUGAUGGAAAAACUAGUCCGGUCUUCUCCCAUAGUUACAGAUACAGAAACCUCUCCGUUCAUUAUCGAUGAGGAGAACGGCAUAGUGUACAGUCCCUCUUCUAGAAGGGCUGACACCAUGGCUCAGAGGCUGAGGGAGAUGAGAGAGCAGCGGGAGAACCUCUCCCCUACCGCUUCUCAACAGCAAGGCUCACCAAUGGAUGACUCUACAAGGCCAUCUCUUGGGAACACGCCCACAGACUUCAACAUCUUGCUAAUGGAAGAAGAAGAAUCUCCAGGUUGUUUGUCACGUGCCAGCGAGAGAGAGAAAGGAGUGAAAGAACACCACGAAAAAAUCUCGACUAAUAGGAUCAGCUCUUCGGGCAUGAAAGAAGCAGUCCCAUCACCGGAAAAUAAAACACGAAGUAGAUCUUGUUCUGGAGUGAUACAACAGCCUUCUUUAGAUUAUGUACAUACAGUAUCAGCAAAACAAUCAGCUUCACAUUUUUUAUCCGAGCCUAAAGCUAGAGCACCAGAAGAACCUAGACAGUCAUCAGGCAAUAGGGAAAAAUCCCAAAUCCGUUCGUCUUUGAGCAGGAUGAAAAGUGGAGGAAGCCAAAUCCCACAAGCUACAGAAGAAUUAAAGAGCGACAGUGACUCAGGUGAUUGGGAUGAAACACGUUUCCCAAAAUUUGCUCGUUCACUUAAAAGCAGCGACCUGAAAAUUCAGAAGGCGCGUCGUAAAAACAAGCAAACGGACUUUGACGCUCAUAACGAUAACGACGACGACGGCGUGUUUGACGACUACUUCACUUCAGCCGACGACGCACCAAAGCGGAAGGUCCCGGUCAUGCACUCAGCUUCUGAAGCCGAGCGUUUACCGUCUUUUGACCUGGAGCCCUUGAACAGAUCGAGACGGAAGAGCCAUUCACAGGAAAUCGGAAGCAGAAACAGAAAAUCGAAACCUUUAAAUGACGGAGGGAUCACGGAGGCAUCAGGCCUGCCAGAGGAAGAGUUGUCGGCCGCGUCUGUGGGUGCAUCUCUUCCGGUUCCCGACCAAGAACCUGCUGCAAAGAAGCCGAGGACGAGAAUCAAGCAGAACUCGAUUUCAGAAAGCACACAAAGUAAAAGCACUUCAGAUGGGCUCACUGACAGAUGUACUGAAUUGUGUAGCGACAUGAACACAAAACGGAUUGUGAAAAUGGAUAAGUACAUGAAGAAGAAUAGAACGUUAGUAAUGACGAGCAUGCCAAGCGAGAAACAGCAGACGGUCAUCCAGGUGGUGAAGUCUCUGGGUGGCUUCACCGUGGUCGACACUGUGUGUGAGAGCACGACGCAUGUGGUGUCAGGGAGUCCACGACGCACCCUCAAUAUCCUGCUGGGCAUCGCACGAGGAUGCUGGAUUCUCUCCUUCGAAUGGAUCUUAUGGUGUCUGGAGCACCGGCAGUGGGUUCCAGAGGAGCCGUAUGAACUAUCUGAUCACUUUCCUGCUGCACCGAUCUGCCGGUUACAGCAGCAUCUUUCGGCCGGAGAGCACCAGCAGGAUCUGUUCCAUGAGCAGCCGCUCAUGUUCGUGUCAUCGCUGUCUCAGCCACCCUGCCACAGUCUCACGGAGCUCAUCCAGCUGUGCGGGGGCGCCGUGUGCAGGAGCGUUCGCCAGGCCAGCAUCUGCAUCGGGGAAUACAAGGGCAAAAAGCCUGAAGGGACCAAGUGCCUAUCGGAACAGUGGAUUUUGGAUUGUGUGACUCAUCAUGUGCUGCUCCCAUAUGACAACUACAUUCUGGAGUGAAGGCAAAGCGUGUUACGGUGACAUUUUCCUGUGAAUAGAAUGCUGUAAAUUUGUGACGUAUAUAACGUGUACCAUAUGUAAGUUUGUAGGUUGUGUGCGUUUCUGAAUAUUUUAUAAGUGUUUGAUGUUUUCAAUAUUAGAUACUGUCUAAUAGAACUCUUAAAUAAAAAAAAAAAAAGUCAGGAUUUGAUUCAUAGCCAGGGAUUGAUUUUGAAUUCAUUUACGAGAACAGAAAUCGGAGCCAAGCUUGGGUACGAUCAUUUAAUGGAAAUGUACAUCAUAACACAACAUAGUGGCUAGUAAUGAUUUAAAGCAGACUGCUUCAGCAAGACGUGCAGUCAUUUCAGUGGUAUGAAAUGUAUUUCUUCACUCGCUGACUGCUGGAGGAAAGCAAAACUCGACUGAACCUGCACAUGCUGAUCGUUCUCCAGGGGUGCAAAAGUCUCGUUGUUGUACUUUGUUACUAGAUUGAAUUAUUUUCUCUCUAUAACAUGAUGUGGUGUAAAAAAAAAAGUUUGUGCUAUGUAUGCAGAGACGGAGUCAUUCUUCACACUAGGCUGCUACCCCUUACAUACACUACCGUUCAAAAGUUUGGGGUCACUCUGAAAUGUCCUUAUUUUUGAAAGAAAAGCACUGUUCUUUUCAAUGAAGAUCACUUUAAACUAAUCAGAAAUCCACUCUAUACAUUGCUAAUGUGCUAAAUGACUAUUCUAGCUGCAAAUGUCUGGUUUUUGGUGCAAUAUCUCCAUAGGUGUAUAGAGGCCCAUUUCCAGCAACUCUCACUCCAGUGUUCUAAUGGUACAGUGUGUUUGCUCAUUCAGUGCGUUUACAUGCACAUAGAGAAAAUCGAAUUUCUGCCGUAGCUUGACUGAAAUCGAAGUUCUAAAUGCGAUGGAAACACCUUAGCUCAGCUGAAAUCAAACCGAACUGGAUUUCUCGUAAUCGAGCUACGCGACCUAGAUUAUGCGAUUGUAGCCGAGCUACUUAGUGCAUGUAAACCCUAUCGAGCUACGUAGUCGAGCUACUUACUUCAGCACUGCCCCUUCCGGAAGUGACGAGACCACAAGCGGGAAACACAACAGCCUCGGUUGGCAUGACAACAGUAGUAGAAACGUGCACUUCUGGAGCAAUGAGGAGAUAGAGUUCAUGCUCAUUCAGCUUAAGGAGUUGAAUACAUAUAUAUUAGUGCUGUCAAAAAUGUCGCGUUAUUAACGCGUUAACUUGACUCAAUUUUAACGGCGAUAAUUUUUUUUAUCGCGAGAUUAACGCUCUGUGACAUGAUGCCACGCCCCGCACAGCCAGAGUCCUCUGCCCUCCCCCGAAGAGCCACGGUGCUCGGCUUAGGUU